UUGUAGACUUUUCAUUUACUAACCUUUUUUCUAUUUCCAAAGAAGUCAUCUGUAGGUUCUGUUGAUAAAUUUAAGAUGAAGACUGCAAUAAUGCUCACUGGUUUCUGAUUUUCAGCUCAUUUUUCGCCUUACAUUGAUUUGUCGUGGGAACUAUCAUGAGGAAGUAUGGAUGCUUUGGUCAUAGCUUAAAGAAAAAAACGCAACUCGGCAACUACGUUGAGCUUCCUGUCCUAGAUACUGAACCACAUAUGUUGCGUUACAGUCAGUGAUACAAUAUUGCUGCCUAAAUCUCAACAGGUUGAGGGAGGUUUGAAUUCUCACCCACCGGUUUGACACCAAGCAAACAAGCUAAUGAGCAGGCAGAUUGUAAUGUGAGCUGAAAUAUUAAGUUAGUUUUCCACCUUUAUAUUGUAUAAUUUACUAUUUUUUUUCUAUUUUUCUCUCCUUAGAUUAAUGCCGACUUGAAGCAUUUACUAGUGUCUGCUCUCUCUGGUAAUCUAAAUAUAGCUCAAGAACUAAUCGAUCUGAUGAGAAAGAAUGCUAAUCUUUCCGGUCAAAGUGAAGGCUUUACACAUCAAAAAGCUGUCCUCGAAGAAGCAGCUAAUACGGCUGAAAUUGCGGCUGACGUUUGGCAGACAAAAUGUUUAGCUAGUCGUGUUGUUGCAAGUGAAGCCGUUAAACGUGCCAACCUAUCUAUUCAUCAAGCACAUUUAGCUCGACAAGCUCUGGCACAUCUCCUUGGUGAACGUGCACAAAUUCGUCGAUAUUUAAGUCAAACUAUACCUCUGUUAUCAUAUUUUUGUCGUAAAAACAAUAUUAAAUUGAAUAAACCAAUUAAUCAAGCCUGUGAUACAUUAAAUUUGACUUCAUUGUGUUUUGACUUAGCCUCAGCAAUAUCACCAAAUACCAAUAUUAAGCCUAUGUACUGUUGUUUGGACACACUUGGUGAGGAGUUAGCACAAUAUGUUUUGACAAGAUGUGAAGAAGGAAAAUACAGCCGAACGCCUUUCGUUACGUCGAGUGUGUCUGAUGUUUCAACAGCUGCACUGUCUACAAUACCUCCUCUAGAAGUGACUGAGAGUGACAACUUACUUCGGAAAGCCCUUCACACUUUCCAAUCUACUAAACGAGAAAAUCAUGAUGUACAACUAUUUUUCUGUCGUAAAUGUGUGGGAGAAAUCCUGAUUGUAUGAGAUCACUCGUGUCAAAUGUUUUUUAAAAGUACCAACGAUGACAAUCCAUUUUAAAAUUAACUGAUUGUAUUUUUGUAAAUUAUCACUUCUUUAUUGACCGCAUGUAAAUAAAUAUAACUGUUUAUUUAUACAUUUUCGAUGCAGUGAACCCUAAAUUGUAUCUGGCUAUCGAUACUUUCAUAAUGCUACGUAGAUAACUGCCAUUCUUCUCCUAAACGUGCAUUCCCUCCUAUCUCAUACUCAAGUUCAAUGCAAUUAAGAAAUCUUACCAACAAUAUAUUAGGAUCAUCAACGGAAGUGUUAGUUCUAAAUAGCAAAUUUAUCACCACAGCAAUGAUAUCUGACGACACUAAAAUUUCAGGAAACAUCACUUGACUUACCUCAGGUGCCUCCCUGAUAUCCACUGGUUGUCACCUCUGGUUAUCACCUC